CGUUGCGGGUGCCGGGUCGUGUGGAGUGAUCGCGUGUGUGCUGUUGCUGUGCUUGAGUGUACUAUAGUUGCUGCGCUGCCUAAAGUGUGCAUUUGUGUGUGUGUUUUCUCACAAUCGGUAAAUAUUCCGGCACUACCGAUUUCGUAUCUCAACGACCGCCGUGCACGCAUUGUCAUUUGUCAGCACGAAGUUCUCAAACAUACAGCGCAGCCGCCGAUAAAUGAUCACGCUCCUGCGUUCCUUAUCCGUAGCCUGUUCGAAGUCAAACCCAUACGUCCUUUCGUCGGUCCUCUCAGCACAUCGAAGAAGCCUGGCCAUGGCCGCUAAGAGGCAAGCAGUCCUUCUUGGGGUGUACCAGGACAAGGAUAAGGACAGUGAAGGGGACUUUGUUCUCACUCCUAGCGCCAAGCAGUUUGCCGCCAGCAGCAAGCUGACUGACCUUCUCGAAUUGACCAAAGGUUCGUUCAAGAAGGGUGAAACAAGAAUUUUCUAUGGCUUGGACGAGAAGUACCCAAUCACCUCUGUUGUGCACCUGGGUCCUCGGCAAGUCGAGGUUCGGGAGCUUGAGGAGUGUGAUGAAGCUGCUGAGAGCGUUCGAAUCGCUGUUGCGGCUGGUGUGCGAAGCCUCCGCAGCGUUGGUGCCACAGCUAUUGACGUGGACCCCUGCGCCAAUGCUGAAGCUGCUGCGGAGGGCUGCACACUGGCAUUGCACGUGUUUGAAGAGCUCAAGAAGAAGGAAUCACGGAAGUCUCCCGUGGCAGUGUCACCCCUGAACGAGCAGGAGCUGGACAAGUGGACUCGAGGCCUGGAGAAGUCUGCGGCACAGAACCUGGCGAGACGGCUGUCCGAGAUGCCUGCCAACAUGAUGACACCCACGCGCUUUGCCCAAGAAGCGGCCGAGGCUCUAGAGAAGAAGGGAGUCAAGGUCAUUGCCAGGGACCGCAAGUGGAUCGAGGAACAGAAGAUGGGAUCCUUCCUGAGUGUCACACAGGGAUCGGAUCAGCCGCCUGUGUUUCUGGAGUUGCACUACGAGGGGCCAGGAGCUGUGGCGGGAGGACCUCUGGUGUUUGUUGGCAAGGGUGUCACCUUUGACAGCGGUGGCAUCUCCCUGAAGCCAUCUGCCAACAUGGACCGCAUGAAAGCGGACAUGACCGGUGCUGCCUGUGUUGUUGCCACGUUUGCCGCAGUGGCAGCUCUCAAGCUGCCCGUCAAGAUGGUUGGUCUCGCCCCGCUCUGUGAAAACCUGCCCAGCGGCAGGGCAACCAAGCCGGGGGAUGUCUUCACUGCCAUGAAUGGAACCACCAUCCAGGUGGACAACACUGACGCUGAAGGACGGCUCAUCUUGGCUGACGCUCUGUGCUACGCGGACACAUUCAACCCCAAAGUAGUUGUGGACAUUGCCACCCUGACAGGUGCCAUGGUGGUUGCACUGGGUGCUGGUGCAACUGGCGUCUUCUGCACUUCCAAUGCCCUCUGGAAUCUGUUGCACGAGGCUGGCAGUGUGACCGGUGACCGUGUGUGGCGCAUGCCCCUGUUUGACCUGUACCACAAGCAGAUGACCAAGUCCACUGUUGCGGACAUCAACAACAUCUCCAAACAGGCUGGUGCUGGAGGCUCCUGCGUAGCUGCAGCUUUCCUUCACGAGUUUGUCAAGUGCCCACAAUGGGCACACCUCGACAUUGCAGGUGUCAUGGAGAAUAAGGAUGAAGUGCCCUACCUGGGAUCGGGCAUGGCAGGCCGACCAGUGCGCACUCUGGUGGAGUUUGUGGAGCGUGCAGCUAAGCUGGAGAAGCUUUGACGGGGGCUAGUCACAUAGGAUGCUUGCCUUCUGUUAAGGCCUCUUGUCGACGUUCUUUAUUAUCGUAAUUGAUCUUACGAAUAAACGACGUCUUUUUCCACUG